CCUGGUGAAGCUCUUAAGGCCGUUGCGACCAGGGCCCAGAACAGACCGAGCUGCCGCUUCAGCCUGGAGGGCGGGCAGGCGGCUGCGACGGGCAGGCGGCUGCGGCGGCCCAACCCUCCCGGGGGCGGCCCUCGGCUCCCCAGGCAGUCAUGGCGGCCUACACCGCCUCACACCGCCCCAUCAAGGGGAUAUUGAAGAACAAGAGUUCCACCGCUUCCUUGGCGGCUAGCUCUGCCCAGCAGUCGGGAGGAACAAUCCAAGAGGUCCAGAGAAAGAAGUCCCAGAGAUGGGACGAAUCCAACAUCCUGGCAACACGCCGUCUAGCCUACAGAGACUACGACUUAAUGAAGAUGAACGAGCCCAGCAGCCCCUAUUUCAGCCCUCAAGACGAUGGAGAAGAUCCCGUAAAUGAUUUUGAAGCAAAGGAAGCCAUGACCCCGGACAUCUUAGCCAAGAAAUUCGCCGCCAGUAGUACCGCGGAGUUGAACUGCCAGUUGGGAGAGCCGGAGAGUGACGGGGUACACAGCAGCAAGAUCCUUCUCGACAAGCAAGAAAAGCAGCGGCAGUUCGAAAUGAAAAGGAAGCUACAUUACACCGAAGGCCUGAACCUCAAGCUGGCAAGACAACUGAUCUCCGAAGACCUUCAGAAACAGAAAGACAAGGAUGACAACGAAGAAACUUUACAUGGUGACAACAAGGAAGACAACACUGCUGCAGAAUAAUCGGAUGAAGGCCCUACAAGUGACGAACUGCAAACCCAGUCAUUCGGCGCAUAGACAACACCUGCUCAGCCCUGCCAUCGCUUGCCACAUACGAACUGCUACGAACUGCUACGAACUGCUAGUCCAACACGCUGCUGCUUGCUCUGUCGAGAGGAGGCUUCCAGUACUGAAAAUACCUUUCAGUUAAACUGUACCUCCAUAAUUCAAUGGUGAACUUAGAAAAUAAUACACUAACGGCAAAACGG